AUGGGGUUGAGCCCUGAAAAUUGUGGAGACUUUCCAUGGUCUCAGCCUCCAAACACAACUCACAGGAAAAAUCUGGAUUGGGCAGUGGUGAUGUCCAUACUCAGAGAAUUUCUACUGGGUGCCAGACAGGGCACAGGAUUCAAGUGUGGCCGGGACAAAUCACUGACCUUCUCUGGCCUUCCCAGGUAUGCAUGGACCUUCUGGAAUGGCUCUGCAAGUGCUGCUCGCCGAUUGGUCCGGGUUAAGGAAACAGAAAAAAAAAAGGGCGUGCACGUGGUACCCUCCGUCAGAGACUGGCGCUUGCGGGUCAGAGUGAGCGGGGGAGCGACCAAGGUGUCGCUGAAUAGUAGCGCUGUCGUCUGCGUGAUUUGCUUGGAGAAACCCAAAUACCGCUGCCCCGCCUGCCGUGUGCCCUACUGCUCCGUGGGAUGCUUCCGGAAGCACAAAGAGCAGUACAACUCUAAAACUCUUAUUGAGAAAAAAAGAUCAGCUGUUACUGCAAAAACUAUAAAGCCUGCAGAAGACAAAGAUGAUGAUGACUCUAUAGAUGAUUUUCUCAAUAGUGAUGAGGAAGAGGAAGUUUCUUUGCAGAAUUUAAAGAAUUUAGGGGAGUCUGCAGCAUUAAGAAGCCUACUGUUCAGGGGUGCCUGGGUGGUUCAGUCGGUUAAGUGGAAUCGCAAGUGCCCCGGUGCAGUGAUGAACCACACCAGUGAGUCGGAUCUAUGAAGUAGGGGAUUUUUGGCCUGCCUCCUUCGAAAGGGGCUUGCUGGCUCCUCCCC